UCCUUCCCCUUUCCUGAUUGGUUACGCGUGACGCAGAAUUUUGGCGCCAUAUUUCCAAACAGUGUCGCGGCUGCCUGUAGUCUGUCUCUUGACACAAAAUCUAAAAAUUCUCCCUUCCUGUCGUUUUCGUGACAUAUGAUCCACUUUGCCCCGUCGUUUUCGUGUCGAGGACUUUACGUCAGCGUCGUAUAUCGCCCUCCAGGAUGUUUGUCACGGACAUUCGGAAAGAAUUUUAUGAAGCUGUUGCCGACCAGAGAGUUGCGCUCCUGGUGGCGUCAGAUAUCGAUGCUCUUUGCGCCUGUAGGAUCCUUCAGGCCUUGUUCCAGUGCGACCAGGUUCAGUAUACCCUUAUACCAGUGGCGGGGUGGCAGGACCUUGGCACUGCCUUCCUCGAACACAAAGACCAAUUUAAAUACUUUGUCCUCAUCAACUGCGGCGCCAACGUUGACCUUCUUGAGUUGCUGCAGCCGGACGAUGACUCCAUCUUCUUCAUUUGUGACACUCACCGGCCUGUAGAUGUGGUUAAUGUCUACAAUGACACUCAGAUAAAAUUGCUGAUAAAACAAGACGAUGACUUGGGCGUGCCAUCCUAUGAUGAAAUAUUUCGAGAUGAUGAUGAGGAUGAAGAGGGAGGAGACUCUGGAAAUGAAAGCGACGAAGGCACAGAGCCAUCUGGCAAGCGAAGGAGAUUUGAUGAAGGGUCAGUCGAGAGGAGAAUCGAGAGACAACGUGAGAAGAGGGAGUGGGAAGCACGAAGGAGGGAAAUCCUGUUUGAUUACGAGCAGUAUGAAUAUCAUGGAACAUCUGCAGCCAUGAUGUUUUUCGAGCUUGCCUGGGUGUUGACUAAAGACACUAAAGACAUGCUCUGGUGGGCUAUCAUCGGGCUGACUGAUCAGUGGGUUCACGAUAAAGUCACACAUAUGAAGUAUGUCACCGACAUCGCCACCAUGCAGCGGCACGUCUCCCGACAUAACCAUCGAAACGAGGAUGAGGAAAACUCGCUUUCCAUUGACUGCAUGAGGAUCUCCUUUGAGUAUGACCUUCGUCUGACCCUUUACCAGCACUGGUCUCUGUACGAGAGCAUCAGUAACUCAUGUUACACCUGUUGCCACUUCAAGCUAUGGACAUUAAACGGCCAGAAGAAACUACAGGAGUUCCUGGCUGACAUGGGGCUGCCUCUGAAGCAAGUGCGGCAAAAGUUCACCUCCAUGGACAUGUCCAUCAAAGAGAACCUGCGGGAAGUCAUUGAGGAGUCUUCCAAUAAAUACGGAAUGAAAGACAUCCGCAUACAGACAUUCGGUGUCCACUUUGGCUUCAAGAACCGUUUCCUGGCUAGCGACAUGGUGCACGCUACCACAGCUCUACUUGAGAGCACAGAGAAAGACGAGAACGAGACUGACAACUUCAUCAAGGCUCUGGACUCUCUUUCAAGGAGCAACCUGGAACGUCUCCACUCAGGCAUGGACCUGGCUAAAAAGAAGCUGAUUGCAAUCCAGCAGACCGUUGCCAGCUGCAUCUGCACCAACCUCAUCUUGUCCCAGGGGCCGUUCCUUUACUGCUACCUCAUGGAGGGGACCCCCGAUGUCAAGCUCUUUUCAAAGCCCAUGGCCUUGACUCUGCUCUCUAAGUACCUUCUAAGAGCCUUCAUCCAAUCAACAAGGAAUAAGCGGUGCAGGCUGCUUCCUCUCAUCAUGGCUGCUCCCAAAGAUGUCGAGAAAGGGACCGUCCUUGUCGUGGGAAUCCCACCCGAGUCUGAAACCUCUGACAAAAAGAAUUUCUUCGGCAGAGCGUUUGAGAAAGCUGCAGAGAGCACCAGCUCCAGAACUCUACAUGACCACUUUGACACAUCCAUUAUAGAACUGAAGACAGAAGACCGCAGCAAGUUCCUGGACGCGCUCAUAACCCUUCUGUCCUGAGUGAGGCACGUCUAAUCGAAAUGAAUGCGAAUGUGACUGAGUUACAGUACAUGAAUGAUGUUCCCUUCUGAGAGCAUCACUCGUGUGAGUAUGAUAUCCAUGUUUUGUUUUAGUUCUUGUUUUUAAUCAAUUUCAGUGUAUAUUGUACAGUGGGUUGUAAAUGUGUUCGUGUUUUAAAAUUCUGUUGUUUUAUUCAUGUCUGUGUCUCAGACUUUUAUGAUGUGUAAUAAUUUGCGCAUAUUAAUAAACCACAAGGUCGUAAGUAAUGAAGU